CGUAUGUUUAGUUCAUUUCUUUUCAUUAAAUCAUAUUUUUUACAUUAUGAUUAAUGCAAGAACAUCUGUUAUGUAGUGAAUCUCUGUGGAGAAGAAUGUCUGAAGUCUUUUAACCCUGAAGGAAACUUUGACACUAUCUUAAAAAGUUCCAUCCUGUCAUAUCCGGUCUUGAACACCCGCUUACAUAAGCAAACAUCUUUGCAAGUGUCCUAAACGAUGACACUGAUUUGUUGACUUCAAACUGUAAAAAAUGAUUUUCAUGAUUUGUUAUCAUAACAUUUUUUCUUUUGUCAAAUCAACUUAGAUAAUUAUUGUAGUUCAGAUAACGUAGUAUUUUGAGUUUCUGUUGAUUAAACCAAUUGCCUUUAUUGUAUUAACUCAAAUUUUUAAUUUCAAUGAACUCAAAAUUUUGAAGCAACCAGGUAACUUACGUUUUUAAGUUAAACCAACAAUUCUUUUUUACAGUGCAGUUUGAGCUGGCACAAAAACACAUGCGAAGGGAAAAUGCAACCGAUGCUCAAUGAGCAAAAUAUCCUUAUAAAAUCCUUAUAAAAACAAUUCAUGAUUUUAGUUAAGUACAAAUCUUAACUGCAAUUGAAUAGCAUUUGCAAAUGAAUAACUUAUAGAAGUAAUUGAAAACCUCAAAAUAAAUAAAUUACCACAGCUUCCAAAGGGCUUCUUGUAGAUUCAGCAUUUCUGGGAAAAAAAAUUAUCUGCCAUGCUUUUGGCAAAGUUGUGGCAAUUAUUUUAAUCUGCCUUCCGUCAAUAGUAGUUCAUAAUGGAAAUGUUAUGUUCAAGGCGUACACAAGUUAUUUCCUGUAUUUGAGGAGAACUCCAUUAGAACAGCAGAGGGAGCCUGUGGUGGGGCGGGAAACUUCUGAUCAUGUCCCCUGUGAUUUCAAACAAAAAGCAUCAGAGCCCUAUUGGGGAAUUCCUUCAUGGCGUAUUCAGAGUCGUGAGGCAGUGGGUUACAAUCCCACCCCCUCGACUAUAAUAAGACCCAGUGCUAAAUGAACUCAUUUUAACUCUCUUGGAGCACCUGAAAAGUUCUUCUUUAAGCAUGGAUUCAGCUUUACUUUUGAUUUUGCUUGUACCAGUUGCAGUUGUUUCCCAUGUACUGGACCUGCCACCCAAAGCUCUGUUCAAAGUGGGCGACAGGAGGGAGUUGGCAUGCAGAAUGUCAUCUUGCCCAGAGAAGGUGAAGUUUGUUUGGACCUCAUUAGAAGACAAACCGUUAUUUGGCACUGCUAAUACAAAGGACAAAGAAUCUGUGCUGAUCUUUGAAAAUGUGAAGACGAUUCACGAAAACAACAUAGUGUGCAAAGCAUCCUGUGGGAAGGAAACAAAAGAGGCGACCACGAAGAUUACAGUUUAUUCUUUUCCAAGAAACCCAGUAAUAUCCAUGUAUGAUCGCUUGAUGCUGGGAAAUGAAAACGUUUUGGCCUGUGAAGUGUCUUCUGUAUACCCUUCGGAGUUCCUUGAAGUGCAGUGGUUAUUUGGAGACAAAGUUAUGAAGACUGAUGAGGGAGAACUUGGCAAAGAUGUACUGAGUAUUCCUUACAUAUUCACACCUUCAAGUGAGGAUGAUGGAAAGGCAAUAACGUGCAGAGCAACACUGCAUGUGGAAGGUAUACCCCCGGAUGAGAUGACCAAGGAGACGUCUGAACUCAUGAAAGUUCUUUCUGCACCGCGUAACGUUAAUGUAUCUGGAGCGACCGCCGUCUCACUGGGGUCCAGUUUAACUUUGACCUGUGAGGCCGAGGGCAACCCAAAGCCUGUAUUUACAUGGACGGCUCUUAAACCAGAUGGCCAGUCUGUGGAAAUGGGAAAAAGUCAAGAUCUCUUCAUGCAUAAUGUGUCCUUAUCGGAUGCUGGUACUUAUCAGUGUGACGUUAGCAAUGACUUGGGAAGACAAAGCACCGCAGUUUCAGUAGUCGUUCAAGCACCUCCCAUGGAUACCCUCAUUGUAGCAAGUCCACAGUCAAGUUUGAAGGAAGGAGACACUGUGAGCAUUUCCUGCAAGUCCAGCAGUGUUCCAGUAACAAAAGUAGUGCUUAGCAUGGAGGAAAAUGGAGCAGACAACGAGCUCACAACCAGUGAAGGGGCUGAAACAACACUUAUCAUCCACUCCGUCACGCUGGCCCAAUCUGGCGUGUUUGUUUGUGAGGCUUUCAAUGAGUACGGCAGUCAGAGGACCACUCUCAAUCUAACCGUUGAGGCUCAUUUUCUAGAAGUGGAGCUACAGCCGGAUAGUGUGAUCGUGUCGAACAGAGGCUCCAGUUUGGUUCUCGCCUGUCAGGCUUCAGGAUGCCCUCAUCCGGAGUUCUCCUGGAAGAAUCUUUCAAAUAUGCAGAUUCUUUGGGGAAUUAAGACUGAUGGCUUCCAGUCCCAGCUGUUCCUUGAUCCAGUGGAGGAGGAAGAUGAGGGAACUUACCUCUGUGAGGUCACAUGUGGCUCAAUCAAGAAGUCCAAACAGACGGAAGUGAAGGUGUUUUCAUUUCCAACAGAUCCUAUCAUAACAAGUUCUGGACCUUUUCUGGUGGGAGAGAUGAUGAAAUUGACCUGCACUGUUCAGGAUGUUUUCCCAGCUAACCUUUUCCAAAUACUGUGGCUGGAUGGAGAGAGAGUAAUGCAUUCUGAAUCUGGGUCAUUUUCAAGUGGAGCAACAAGUCUGACUUCAAUGUAUUCUUACCGCGUAGACAGGAAAGACCAGGGCAAACUCAUUACCUGCAAAGUCUGGCUGGACAUGCAUGGUGUGCCAGCACAGCAAGUAGUAAAGACUGCAUCUACUACGUUGUCCGUUCACUAUCCACCCACACUGACCAGGAUCACUGUCACCCCAAAGACAGAGUUAAAGGAAGGAGAAUCUGUGAGCAUUUCUUGCAAUUCUGACAGCUUUCCAGUGGGGCGUACGGUGCUGAGCAAGGUGGCAGAUGGCAUUCAAACAGAGCUAAUGGCCAGUGAUGGAGUUGAAACAUUGCUUACCCUCCCUUCGGUUGAGCUGGAUGACUCUGGCUUAUAUGUUUGUCAAGCUUCUAAUAUGUAUGGAAAUCACAGUGAUAGUGUGGAGAUUACUGUGAAUGCACCACCUAGGAAUAUGACGGUGGAGAUCUUCCCAUCCACAGAUGUUCAGGAGGGGCAGAAUAUCACCAUCUGUUGUCGCUCUGUGAGCUUCCCUCCACCUGCGGUGAUCCUCAGCAAGAUGGAUAGCGAGACAAACAUCUACUCUUAUGAUGGCGUCUUCCUACUGAUCAACCUCACUCCCAAUGACACAGGCCUUUAUCAGAUCAACGUCACCAACGACCUGGGCUACGAGACGGAGAUUUUCAAUAUCAAUGUGAUGGAGAAAAGAUUUGACCCUUCAUUGGGUUGGAAUGACUUCAUAAUCCCUGCGAUUUUCCUGGGACUCACUGCUGCGCUGUUUGGUGCUGUGCUGAACGUGUGGAGAGCCAGAAAGAAGGGAUCGUACGACCUUACAAAGUGCAAUCCGGGCACCGUGUAGACCGUGUAUAGACUCUAUGAACUUUUGGAAGCAGCUAAGCUUGGCUGAACUGUCUUGCCAAGACCCAGAGCCUCCCUAAAGCGAGAACUGCAGGUGACUGGAUUCAUCAUCCGGAUCUUCAGGUGACAAAACCCCAGCCGGAUGAGAACCUGCAUUCUCCACAGCCAGAGACAAUCAAUGUUCCCAUGAUUCGUCACACGUCUCCAGAGGAGGGAAAUCGAACCGGUGUGGUUUCUCCAUGGUCUGUUGGGAAGUGUUUUGAGACUGCCUGGUCUCCACCUAAAGCAGUUUCAAAUGUGUGAUUUUUAUUUAUUUUUUGAAAGUCAAAGCUAUUUUGAAAUGCAAAUGAUAAAAUUGUGAAAUAUAGAUUUAAACAUUUUAGCCUUAAGAGAAUGUAACAUAGCUACUAGUGUUUAAAUGGUAUAUUUUAGAUGAAAAAACAUGUUUGAUGUACCCCCAGUUUCACAGACUAAGCUAAGUCCCAGAUUAAAAUGCAUGUUUGAGCUGUUUCAACUGUAGGAAACUUGCACUGACAUCUUAAAAUACGUAAAUGCCUUUGUUUUGUCUCAAGAUGCACACCAGUAAUGUUUUUUUCUAAGGCACUUUAUAUAAAAGCUACUUUAAUGCCCUAAUUGAACUAAUCCUGGUUAAUCUAAGCCCUGUCUGUGAAACCAGACCAUUGUGUCCUAAAAAUUCUGUGCUUAAUGUGGUUUGAAGUUGCUUUCGUUUUUUAUAUAUUUAUUAAACAAGCAUUUGAUCUUG